AUGGCUCUCGUGGGCACGGCACCGAAGAUCUUUGCCAAGUGCACCAAGAGCGGCGUGCCCUACUACGCACUCGCUGCGAGCGCAUCCAUAUCCCUCCUGGCAUACCUCAACGUCGCCUCGACCGGCGCCGUCGUCUUCAACUGGCUGAUCAACAUUAUCAAUGCCGGUGCCUUCCAAAGCUGGAUCGCACCCUACUUUGCAUGGAUCUGCGGAGUGACCUUCUUCGUCCUCAUGUUGUUGAACGGACUCAAGGUCUUUGUCGGCAACAACUGGGACGUCUCGAGUUUGCUGACUGCAUACAUUGGCAUCCCCGUCUUUCUUGCAAUAUACGUUGGCCACCGCUUCACCGUUGCCCGAGAUGAGCCGUGGUAUAUUGACGCCAAAGCCAUGGACCUGACGACCGGUAUGGAUCAAGUGCUUGCGGCAGAAAGACCACAGACCAAGCUCGGCGGAUCAAAAUUCGGUGGUCUCUCGCGCGUGCUUGGGUGA